CAACCCAAUCCCGAAGCAGAAAAAGAAGAACGACCAGAAGAGCAGUCCAUGGCUUCUUCAGACGUCUUUGUUGCUGCUGCUCGCAAAUGUCUACGAGUUGGAAAGAAACGCUUCUCUGCCACUGUGAGUCUGAACCUGGCUACUCAGGUCCUGGCUGUGGACUUGGGCCUGAAGCCCGCUCUGCUAUAUGACAGUAAUACAGCAUCUGCAGAGCAGGUCCAACAGUAUUUAAACUCACUGCAGGCUGCACAACUUGUGUCUAAAUCUCUCCAGACAGUGGUCAUCAGUGAGAAUUCCUUGAUUGUGAACCCAUCCCUAACUAUAGCAAACCUGGAGGCACUUCUCUUGAGGAGGACUGUGACUGUGGUGGAUGUAUGUCACUCACUGGAGCAGCCUGCCAUCACUGAGCUACAGUGGGGAGCUAUCAGGGACAUGAUUCAUGCUUUACUUGCUCAUAUUAGACAGUUUGGGCAACAUUCUGCGAUGAGAAAUGUCCCUCACCGAAUUGAAAAGAGUCAUUGUGAGGCAUGGAAUCUGUGUACUCUAUUCGGGAUUCUAUUGGGCUACCCCUCCACAUACUGGUUUGACCAGAGCAGGAGCUUUGAGAACUGCCUAGCUAUGUCUCCGCUGGUGGUGACCAAGGCUGUGGCAUCCUGGCAGGGUGGUGGUUCUGGAGUUAAGGGUCACAGGUGUUGCCUGUAUUCCUUCAGCACCCCAGAGAUGUUGCAGGCAGAGACUCUGUCAGUGAUGGCUAGCUGGACUACACAGCUUCAGGAACGAUUUCAGCAGCAGACAGUCUUCUCUGGACUCAGUGUAACCAGAUCAACUGUCACCUUACCUUCUGUGGCUCUAUGAUUAUAAUAGGACUUUGUGGAUGGAUAUUGUAUGGAAAAUGUGACGGUAUUUGUAUUUUGAAUAUUGUCUGUAAAACAAUUGAUAAGCAAACAUUGAAGAAGCACUUGUUCAUGUUUCCAAACUGAUUUACAUAAUCAGUUUGUAAACAUAAUUUAUUUAAAAUAUAAAUGCAUUUGUGAGGGAAGUUUACACCAAUGACUACAUCAAGCUUGUGGCUACAAACUUGUUGGAUGCAUUGCAUUUUGUUUUGGUUGUGUUUCAGAUUGUUUUGCCCAUUUUGGGGUUACUUAUUGUAAAUAAGAAACUAUGUUUCAGAACACUCCUACAUGAAUGUGUAUGCUGCCAUGAUUAGGAGUAAUCAUGAAUAAAUUGUAAAUGAUGAGAGAAAUUAAGAGGCACAAAGAUCAUGAUCUUUAUUCCUGAUUUUGGGGGUAUUUAAUUUUUUAUUUAACUAGGCAAGUCAGUUAAGAACAAAUUCUUAUUUACAAUGAUGGCCUAAACCCUAACCCGGACUACACUGGGCAAAUUGUG